AUUGGGGGGCUCAGUUUUGCGUGUUUUCUCUGUGCCAACGGACAAACAACGACUCAGCAAGUGACGCGUUGAACCAGAAACCCAGUGAAAAACAAAAAAAAAGAGCAAACAAAAGAAUCAAAAGCUGUGAACUGCUCCAAAUAGCAUACAUCAAGUAAUUCCCUUGAUUUGCGGCAAUUGGCGUAUUACGCUUGCCUGUGCCUGUGUGCGUGUCAGUUAAUUUCCAGCAGCUAGCAGCUGGACAGCUGCCAUGAGCAACAGCAGGGAUCAGGAGACGGCGCCGAUUGCAGCGCCGCGCAAUGGCAGCGCCUCGAAUAUGUUUCGCAGCUUCGGUUCGCUCUUUGGUGCCGGCGGCGGAGGCGCGGAUACUGCACGUCCCAUAACGCCACAGUCAAGCGAUGGCUACGUGGAGUUCGGCAUGCAGGAUCCAGAGCGCAACGGACGCACGCUGGGCACAUUCGCAGGCGUUUUCAGUCCCGUAGCGCUCUCUAUGUUCAGCGCCUUGGUCUUCAUACGUGUGGGCUACAUUGUCGGCAAUGCGGGCUUAUAUGUUACAUUUCUGCAGUUUCUCAUCGCCUACGCGAUUUUACUCUUCACAGUCGCCUCCGUUUGCGCUAUAUCCACCAACGGUGCCGUGGAGGGCGGCGGCGUCUACUUUAUGAUUAGUCGCACCUUGGGCCUCGAGUUUGGCGGUUCCAUUGGCACGCUCUUCUUCUUUGCGAAUGUUGUGGGCUGCGCCAUGGCCAUAUCGGGCUGUACGGAGGGCGUUAUGGAUAACUUUGGUCCCGGCGGUCAUUUCAUCCACGAGGCCAGCUCCCAUCUGCCCGAUGGGAAAUGGUGGCGCUUUCUGGUCAGCAGCCUAAUCAAUACCUGCAUGUUGCUGGUGUGCCUGGUGGGCGCCGCCCUCUUUGCCAAGACGUCAGUGCUUAUUUUGGGAACGGUGACAAUUUGUCUUUUCGCAACGUAUAUUAGCUUUCUGGCGAAAGGCGCCACAAAUGAUACGAUUCCUGUGCCCGUGGAGAAUACGAAAAUGAAUUGGACGAAAUUUCUGAAUUAUACGGGACUCAGCAGCGACACGUUGCGAGAGAAUCUGGAUUCGCAUUAUGGCACGGAUUAUACGUCGAAUGACAAGAACGUGGACUUCUCGACGACAUUUGGUGUGCUUUUCGCGGGCGUUACGGGCAUUAUGGCCGGUGCGAAUAUGUCCGGUGAGCUGAAGAGUCCCUCGAAGAGCAUACCCUGGGGCACACUCUCGGCGGUCUGCUUUACAUUCGUCUCGUAUAUUAUACUCUCGUUCCUGAUGAGCUGCACCACACCGUAUCAGACAAUGCAGAACAAUUAUCUGUUCCUGAUGCCCGUCAACUUGUGGCCGCCAUUUACCGCCAUUGGCAUUUUGACGGCCACCUUCUCGACGGGUCUGAGCAAUCUGAUUGGCUCCAGUCGCAUUCUGGAAGCUCUCAGCAAGGAUCAGGUCUUCGGUUCGCUGUUGAAUUUUGUGCUGCACGGCACCUGGAAGGGCAAUCCUAUAUGCGCCGUGUUUGUCAGCUGGGUGCUGGUCGAGUGCAUUCUAUUGAUUGGCUCGUUUAAUAUCAUCGCUCAGAUUAAUUCGGUGCUGUUUAUGCUUUCCUAUUUGGCUACGAAUCUCGCUUGUUUGGGCAUCGAGCUGACCGGUGCUCCCAAUUUUCGGCCACUCUUCAAAUACUUCACGUGGCACACGUGCCUCGUUGGCCUGCUUGGCACGCUGAUCAUGAUGUUUGUCAUCAAUCCGAUUUAUGCCUCCUCCUGCAUCAUUUUGUGCCUGAUCUUGGUCAUAGCACUGCAUCUGUUCUCGCCAGCCACACAGGCGGCGCAGUGGGGCUCCAUCUCCCAGGCGCUGAUGUUCCAUCAGGUGCGCAAGUAUCUGCUUAUGCUGGAUCCACGCAAAGAUCACGUCAAAUUCUGGCGUCCACAAAUUCUACUCUUGGUCUCCUCGCCGCGCUCCUGCUGUCCGCUGGUCGACUUUGUCAACGAUCUGAAGAAGAGUGGCCUCUACAUCAUUGGCCAUGUCAAGCUGGGCGAUUGCAAUGCUGUUGAGGAUGCCGUCGAGAACCAGCUGUGGUGGUCCUUCCUCGAUCACAUGCGUGUCAAGGCCUUCACCGAAGUGACCAUCAGCCGCAGCAUCCGCGAGGGCGUUCAGCAUUUGAUACGCUUGUCCGGCAUUGGCGCCAUGAAGCCAAAUACCAUUAUUUUGGGCUUCUAUGACAAUGAAGCGCCCAAGGAUUUCUUUCAAAAUGGCACCUCGCCCUAUAAAACGGAUGGCUUCAACGAGGGAGACAUACAAAACUUUCCCAUACGACGCGACGGUGAAUCCAAACACUUUGAGGUUCAGGAAUAUGUGCAAAUCCUCUGCGAUACGCUGCGCAUGAAAAAGAACCUGUGUUUGUGCCGCAACUUUCAGCGCUUGGACAAGAACUUUAUAACCAUAAGCAAGCAUGUUAAAUAUAUCGAUGUGUGGCCCAUUAACGUGUUCAAUCCCACAUCGGGUGAUCCCUUUGACAUGGUCUCGCUGUUCAUGAUGCAAUUGGCGGUCAUCAUGCUGGCCAAGUGGAAACAUUUGCGCGUGCGCAUCUUUCUGUGCGAAACAAAUGAGGAGCGCACCGUGGGCACAUUUGAGACGCAGGCACCACAAAUGGAUAUAUUCUCCAAGCUGAAGCUGGAGCAAUCGCUGAAGGAGCUGCGCAUCAAUGCGGAUAUUAUAGAGAUUCAAGAAUGGAGCCGAGACACAGAGUUCACACGCCAUGCGCGCAUACUUCGACAGUUUACGGCUCAAGCGGACGAAGCUUUGCUGGACGAUGGCGAUGAGAUAGCUGAGGAUAAAUUCAAUCGCUCGCUGUUGUAUAUGCAGCGUGUGAAUCAAGUAAUACGAGAUCGUUCCGAUCAAACAGCUUUAUCGUUUAUAUACUUGGCGGCGCCGCCAAAGCCCACACUGCCGGACUUUAAUGAUCGCAGCGCCAGCUAUGUGGAGCUACUGACCGAACUAACAGCCGAGCUGCCGCCCACAAUACUGGUGCAUGGCGUCAGCACGGUAACCUCGACAACGCUCUAAGCUAAAUAAAUCCCAACCCAGCCGCUUUCUCUGUUUCUCUGUUGUUGGAGAUUGCAGGCGCACAGUGAUAUCAAAUGCAUUGCAUAUGCGGCACAUAAUCAAGUUUUAAAAGGCAAAUUUAUGCACGUUCGGUCUUUCCUUUCAAUUGUAAACCCAUGUCUAUCAAUUAACAUAUAAGUAUGUAUUUGUUUUUGUGUUGUGUGUAGGCUGAAAGCUGUAGAAAAUUGUAGCGUAUAAUCAUGUAUUCAUGUUCAAUUUUAACUCGAUUUUAAAUUGUUUAGCACACACAACGACAGCUACAACAACAACAAGCACUCUCUAAUAUCAUCGAAACCCUUUGUACUAAUUAUCAUAUCAGCAAUUCACAAAUUAACAACUCUAUUUUAUAUGAAUAUUAAACAAUAUUUAACACAUAUGUGCGGACCAUUUAAAGAAAACACAUACACUAUAUCAAUUUGUGCUCUGUUCGAUAUUAAAACGUGUUGUGAUUCGACAACCUGCUCUCUAUGUAGCAAAAAGUAUUAUUAAAAACGGUUGGUUUCGCAAAAAUAGAUUUGAUUUGUUUAGCAUUUAGUUUUCAACAUAUUUACGGGCAAUUCACAGUCAAGCGUUUAACUGCUGCAACAAUUUUUAAGCUAGACAUAUAAAUUAUAAAUUAUACAAAUAUUUUUCUGAUUAAGCAGAGUUAAUUGUGCUUUGUGGCCUGUGAAUAGCCCAAUUAUAUAAUUAUUUAUAUUUUUACUAGCAAUGUAUUCGGUUCUUUCCAAUAA